CUUAUUAUAUAGAAACUUGUCAAGUUUUCUUAUACCUGCUUUGAAAUCCAUAAUAGCAGCCCCCUCAAGUCAGCAAUUAGUUUUGCAUUCAGCAUUUAGUCGCAGUCGUGUUCAGUCGUGUCACACAUUUAACCCUCGUGCCAUAACAAAGUUUUACAAGUUUAUUUUUAUUGAGUGUCGAAAAGUGCAUCAAAUGUGUUACAAAGUGCAAUUUUUACAAAAAAAAAAAAAUCAAAUAAUUUACUGAUUUUUUCAUAAUUUAUAUUUUUGAAUCAAAAAAAUUUUCUGAAAGCAAGUUCUUUUGUGACUAAACAUGUCAUCGAGUGCAUCGUGGAUUAAAAAUAACAUGUUGGGAAAAAACUCAAAAUCUCCUAAACGUGUGAUGUCGGAAGCUGAAAUGAGAGUCCAAAAAGCAUUGCAAAAAUUGGAAAUACCAGAAUGGUAUCUUAAUAAACAUUCUAAGGCACCGAAAAUUCUUAAAAAUGAUACUCCCAUCGAUUAUAGACAACCCUCAUGGAAGAAAGGUGGUUCGAAGCAAAUUAUUCCUGAACCUCGUCGUACCGAAGAUAAUGCCGAUCCAACUCGUGUUUAUAGUAGAGAUACAAAAAUUGUAAACUCCAAAAAUGAAACAUCAUAUUUGACAAAUAAAACAAAUUCACGGACAAUAAUUGAAAAUCAAAAAAAUAUUUUAACAUCAAAAUGUAAAAAAUCCGAACAAGAGCCAAUUACAUUGGAGAAAUUACAACCAAUUGAUAUUAGCGAUUAUAAUAAUCAAUUGUUGUCAUCAAAAGAAGAUGAAUGUAACGAUGAGAAUUCGCAACAAAAAACAAAAUUAGGAAACAAAAGUAAUAGUUAUCCAAAAAUUUCUCCAUCAAGAAAAAUUCAAAACAUUAAUAUUGUUCUUGAUUCAUCGCCAAAUUCUGGAUCAUCAUCACCAUCAUCGUCAUCUUCAUCUUCAUCACAAUUGAAGAAAAUUCCAAAUUUGGACAUUAAUUCAAAUAUGAAUUCAGAAAUUGACAGAAUGACGGAGAAUUUUGAAAGUACAUUUGGAUUAAAUGAUUCUGAAAUUGAUAAAUGUAUAACUCCAAUUAAUGAUAAAACUAAUCAAUCUUCAUAUUUUAAUUCAUCAUUGGUGAAUGUUAUUUCACCAAAACCAUUUAUUAAAAAAAUUGGUACACCAUUUAUGACUCCAGUUUCUGAAUUUAAAAUUCCACAAUUAUCAACGCCUGAUACGGUAAAAAAACGUGGUUUCUACACAAGUACAUUGGAGAGACCAUCGCCAUUACGUCCAAAUCCAAUGAUAAAUCGGGAACAAAAUUUUGGACUCGAUAUUUCAAUACCAUCGACUUGCGAUACAACAGCCACUUCCUGUAUGUCAACUAAAGCAAGAAAUGGCAAUGAAUCAGGAAAAAUAAGAAAAGAUUAUUUGAAUUCAACAUAUUGGAUUGGCGAAGUGAAGCCAGCUGGUAUGGAUUGCAAUAAAGCUUGUGAAGAAUGUGGAUCAAAAUUGCCUCGAUUUUAUGCAGUUGUGACAAAAACGAAACGUUUAAUGAAUAACUUGAGACAUGAGAAGAAAUCAAUUAUUGAAUUUAAUGAAAAGAAGUUAAAGGAGAUGAUGACAAAAGAAACUGAAACUGAAAUUGACAGUGUCAGUGUCAGCGGAACUGAAAGUGGAAGCGUAAGUGAAAGUGAUAAUGAAUCAUCAAAUUCAGCAGCCUCACUCUCAUCAAUGUCAUUGUCCUAUAAGGGCUCAGAAAUUGGUACUGCAAAAGUACCGGCAACAUCAACAUUAAAAAGUAAUAUCCGAAGUCCAUUCACAAAAAAAUCCACAACUACCACCAAUAAAUCAACAAUCGUGAAAAAUGAUGUUCAUUGGAUUCCCGUGAAACAAGAAUUCAUUGACAGGACAAAUAAUAUUUUAAAUAUGAAUCAAGAAGAAAUUGAAAUGUUUCGUCGAACAUCGAGUGUAAAUUCAAAUUCAAUACCAGAAAAAAUGAGUCACAUUAUACCAGCGACAAAAAUUGAUAAAAAUUUACAAACAUUUGAAACACAACAACUUGAGUCGAUGAAAAAAUUUUUAAAACACGAAGAAAACGCAAUUUUAGAAUCGGGGUAUUCAAGUCGUUCCCUAAAAUGUAAUGAUUCAUUAUUUGAUUCUUUUGCCUCAAGUAGAACAUGGUUUGAAGAUUCCGUGUCCGACGAUACUGAAAGUGAUUAUUCAUUUUCUCUAAAGGGACGACGAGCAAUGAAAAAAUAUUGAAAUUAUUCUCCAAUAUACGAAAUCUGAUUAAUUUAAAUUGUAACAUAUUUGUAUAGAGUAAUUGUAAAAAUCAAUUUUUUUUUUUUUUUUUAUUAGAAAAGACAAAAUUAAUGAAAAAAAUAAUUUCUGAAUUAUUGACAAAAAAAAAAAGAUAUAAUUA